AUGGGUAAAAUUGGGAAAGUUGGGAAAGCUUCCAAGAAGAAAUCCCGAUUAACGUCUGAGUUGGUUGACUUGUAUGAGAAGAAUUCGACUGAGCAAGUUGGUACUUACCAAUACUCUAAUGCUAUCCAGAUAGAGCAUGCGGUGCAUAAAUUGGUGGAGGCUUACCAGCGUAUUCUGAAGCUGUCCCCGAAUAUAGUCCAGUAUUAUGAGACUUUGAACUCGCUGUCUGACCCUGAGAAAGUGCCACCGCAGCUAAUCUCUUUGUUUACCAGGUAUCCAUUGAAGUUGGCCGCUGAGAUUAAGACACUACAUGAUCUCAACAAGUCCACUCUGCUGGACGAUAUUAGUGGGUAUGAGGCGAAGUUCGAUGCUUCUAAUAGGGAGCCGGUGCUGGGUGAUUUGGAACUCAGUGAUUUACAAGAUUUGGAGGAUGACGAUAUCGGACGGCUAGACCUGGAUUUGUCUGUGGCCAAGAGUAGCGAAUCCUCUGAGUGUAUCACUUCAAAGGAGAAAUCCUCGAAAUGGCCACCGGAGAUGCCAGAGAUCAAGGACCAUGUAAUUAGAGCCAGAGUUUUCAUGCACAAGUCACUGGUGAAUGAUAAGGUAUAUUUGAAUGAAAGUGAUAUUAUCAAAUCUAAUAACGAAAGAUUGGAGUUUUUGGGUGACUCUAUCCUAAACACAGUAAUGACUAUGAUUAUCUAUAACAAGUUCCCGUCAUUAAAUGAAGGUAACUUGACAGAAUUGAGGAAAAAACUUGUUAAAAAUGAGACCUUGAGAGAGUGGUCGGAAUUGUACGAGCUUCCAAAACAGCUGAAAAGUAACUUGUCUCCCGAUGUCGAUCUAAGUACUUCCAAGACGUCCGCCGAUAUUUUUGAGGCCUAUAUUGGAGGAUUAAUGGAGGACGAUCCAAAGACCAACUUAGUCAAAAUAAGAAAGUGGCUAAAGAAGCUUGCGAAGCCGAAGAUCGAAGAAGCAAUGAAAACAAGUAUUCAACUCGAGCCAACAAACAAUUUAGACAUGAAUGCCAAGAGAAAGCUAUAUUCAUUGAUUGGUUAUGCAGCUUUAAAACUACAUUAUCAUACAGUACAGAGACCCACUAAUGAAAAUCCAGUGACAAUUGUACAAUGCAGAACUGGAGAUGGUACUAUACUUGGGGUUGGUAAGGCGAGAAAUAUUAAACUGGCCGGUGUGAAGGCUGCUGAGGAUGUUCUGAGAAAGGAAGAUGUUAUAGAGAAAUAUGCUAAACUUCGUGCAUCCAUUCCCAGAGAGCAAUCAGUUUCCAAAAACGAGCAGCCCAGAACGACAAAUAAAGAGCAAGGAGAAAAGGAUAUAUGCGAGCUAUCGGGUUAG